AUGCUACCUGCUUUUCCUGCGCACAUCCCUUUCCCCCUCCCUUCCUUCCAGUCUACUCCUUCUCCUCCUCCACCUCUCCCAAAUCACCGAACCCCGCGAAAUCGGCAGAUUUGCGCCGCGGGAGCGCGCCGCGACGGGUCGAUGGCCGCCGCCGCGUUCUCCAUCAGGGCGUACGCGGCGAGCAUGAGGGGCGGGACGGCGGGGGGGCGGCGUCUCUUGGGAAUCGAGGAUCUCCCGCCUCUCGGAGCGCCGAGGUGCCGGUGGUGGGCGGACGAGCUCGCCUCCACCGUGGCUGCCGCAGCUGCGGCGGCGGCAUCCUCGAGGAGGGCGCAAGUGAAGGCGAAGCCGCCGAAGAAGCGGUCCAUCUCCGACCUCUUCGCCGCGGCGCCCCCCUUGGCCGUGCCUCCCGCCGGUGAUACCGGAUGCAAAGAGCAAAUGGAGGUGGACGGCGACGAGGCGGUGUGCGCGAUCGCGAGGCGGGCCAAGGAGGAUAAGAAACGAAAGAAAAAGCUGCAAGAAGAGGAAGAGGGGCAGAAGGAGGAGACGACGGCAGUGGAUGCCGCGCCGGAGAGCUGCGGAGGCCGAGAGGCCGAGGGGAAUUUCGCUGCAAGAAAGGAAGCACUUGAAAAUCCAAACCUGUUUGAUGGACUGGAUACUCACUCAUUACAGAAACCUGAGGCUUCACAACAUCACAGAGAAGAGAGAGAAAAGAUAUCUGAGAGAAGGAAGCAGGGGAAGAUCAAUAAUAUAAACAAGAAGAAGGCUAACACACAAAAGCACAUCGGCAACAGUAAAGCUGACAAAGUGGGGAAACCACGAGAUCUGGAAAAUUUUAUCCCUAGGCAUGGCAUUCUAAAGUGCACAAAGCACACAUCAGUGAAAAUGGUCAAGGAGAAACGUGGCAAUUCAGAAGGCAAGGAAGUAAUAGAACUCUGCCGCAAAUCAGUGAAACGUGUCAAAUUCUCAGAAGCAGAUGCUAUACUUGAGCUACCAGAACGACAAACUCUCUGCAAGAUGUUUUCAGAUAUUAUGGCUUCUUCAUCGUCGUCCUCGUCAUCAUCAUCAUCAUUCACGUCUACCGAAGGAGACAAAUGCAUAACUGCAGAAAGUGGUAGUUCUCAUAUGCCCAUGGAAGCUUCCACUAAGGCGAAAGCAAAUAAGAAUUCAGAUCAUGAGGAUUCUCCUGACAAAAGCAUAACUGCAGAAAGUGGUACUUCUCAUAUUGCCAUGGAAGCUUUCACUAAGAAGAAAGAAGCAAAUAAGAAUUCAGAUCAUGAGGAUUCUCCUGACAAAUGCAUAACUGCAGAAAGUGGUAUUUCUCAUAUUCCCAUGGAAGCUUUCACUAAGUCGAAAGAAGCAAAUAAGAAUUCAGAUCAUGAGGAUUCUCCUGAGCCUGGUAACAGAGAGAUGUUCGCUCCUUUGAUUGAUCUGAAUAUGGCGUUACCGGAAUCUACUGAAUUGGACCAAAGACUGGAAAGCGAACAAUCUACUGCUGACUUGGAACGAACAACAAAUUCAAGUUCGGCAGGCACAUUUUUGCAUGGUGAGGCGAUAAAAGUUUCUGAUGUAGAUGCUGCUGGUCCUCCAUUGAGCUUAACUGAACUUGCUGAGACUCGUCGUGGUUGCAGUAAUGUUUCAGUAAAAGACACUAUGACUAUGAGUACGUCUCCUUUUGCAUUGCCAGAUCAUACAUUUCAGGAUUCAUUUCGGCAGCACCAGAGUUGGUUUUCCACCAGCAGCAAAUUUUCUUCCUGCCCAUCUCAUGAAUCUAAUGUGUCGCACAGUAAGGAGUUCAAUUUUCGUUCUGAGUUGAACAUGCCGCAUGAGAAUGGACCAUUGACAGGACAGACAGUUCGUUUGAUGGGUAAAGAUCUUCCAGUUUGCAUGACCAGAGCUGAAUUGUUUUCGGAGACUGCGCAGAGGCAUACAGGCACUUUCACCAAUGACUAUCUCAACGCAAAUGUGUUCUUGCCACAACCAGGACGGCCUUUUCUCUCUUUACAAGCUCAGAAUUUCCCCAAUGAUACAGUAAAUUCCACCAGUAUAAUUAAUGCUUCAACAUAUCAUGCAAGCGCAAGUCAGGCACGGUCUACACAUGAUUACAGCCACCCUUUCCCUGCAGCUAAUGUACUGUCUGGAGAUCAGUUGCCAUAUGAAAACAGGUUUGUUGAUUUUUCAAACUCGCAGACCAAUCGGCCUUUUCUAUUGGGCUGCCCACCUCCUCCCAAUCAUGGCAGUGCAGCAUUCCAACAGAAUUCCCCGUCGCGCCGUUAUUACUCUGAUCCUAUCACUAGAACAGAACCACCCACAGCACCACCUUUGCCUACAACCAGACAGCAUGGCACACCAUCUUCAGGUUUCCAUGCCAAUUUGCCUCAGCAACAUGUUGUGCAUUCAGCAAGCUCAUCAGUGGGUUUUACAUUCAACCAUCCAGGCCAUGUAGUUCAAGCACCUUCCAACAGCAUAAGAGAUGUGGCCCUUUCGGCCAGAAAUACAGACAACAGAAUGGGGAGCGCUGUUCUUGGCAAUUCCAAUGCUUCGCCUAGUGGUCGCUGUGUGCAGAAGAGAUCAGGCCCAGUGAAGCUCACUCCUGGGGCGAAGCAUGUACUGGUGCCAAGCGAUAGCACAGGUGAUGGCGAUUCCGCGCCUGUGUACUCAUGUGUUUCGUUCGCAAGUAGGAGUACAAAUGCUGCAUGUCCUCAGAACAGAGCAUGA